AUGAGCGGAGGCGGCAGCUCCGGACCCGGACCGGGCUCCGGGCCGGCGGUACCCGGUCCCGGUACCACCGUGACUCUGCGAGUCUGUGCAGUGGGCUUACGCCCUGAGGUGCCCGUGGUGCAGCUGUGGGGGGUUCUUGGGGAACGCGGUGCUGACUACGUCCGCCUGCGGCAGGAGAUCCAGGAGGCGGUGGGACCGCGGUUGGCGGCCGGCCCAGGCGGAGUGGUGGCUGGUGGGGCUGAGCUGUGCACUGGAGACGUGGGUCUGGUGGAGCUAGUUGGGCUCUGGUACCGUUGCUGCGUGGUGAGUCGCCGUGGCCAGGACUACCGGGUGUUCCUGCUCGAUGAGGGCUGCACGGUGGUCACGGCCGCCUGUUACCUGGCACGGGGCUGCAAGGAGUUUUUCCGGCUGCCCCCUGAGGUGCUGGGCUGUGUCGUGGCUAAUGUCAUGCCUGCUGGAGGCCCUGGGCUGUCUGUCUGUGGGGAUGCGCCGGGCUCCACCUGGACAGUGGAGGCCAUGGAGUUUCUCAGUCACCUGCAUGGCAAGGAAGUGUCUGGCCAGGUCCAGGAGGUGAUAAGCCCCCAGCUCAUAGUGCUGGAGCUGCCACAGCUUGUGGCCCAGAUGAAUCACCUGGGCCUGGUCAUGCAGGUCACUCCCAGUUGGUUCUGCCAGGUGCUGAAGUGUUGCCUGACUGGUAACCACUUGAGGAACCAGGCCAAGCUGCAGCCCCCAGCCUGUUCCCUUGUAUCUUCUGCAGUGCCACAGCUUCUCCACGUCCUGCACAUGUAUCAGCCUGUGUUACGUGCCUUGGAUUAUUUCUACCCACAGCUUCAGCUGGGUGUGGCAGAGCCUGUCCUGGUCACCCAUGUCUCUGACCCACACCGUAUCUACUGCCAGCUGCAGAGCCUGUCCCAGGAGAUCCGGUGCCUUUCUGAUACCAUGUCCCACACUUAUGACCGCUGGGAGCAAGAGGUAUUACCUGAAGUGGGCUCUCCCUGUGCUGCUCGUGGCAGAGAUGGCCACUGGUACCGUGCACUCCUGCUGGAUCUUCCUGCUGGGGAGCAGGACCAGCAGGUAGCUUUGGUGAUUUUUGUGGACUAUGGCAGGAAAGAGACUGUGUCCAAAGCUGACCUGCGCCAUUUGCCUGUUGAGUGUUUUCGUAUGCCUGUGGUGACCUACCCGUGUGCUCUUCAGGGUAUCUCAGACAGGGGUUGUGGCUGGUCCCUGUCUCAGAUUGAGGAGCUGAAAAGGUUGGUCCUUGACAAAAGAGUGAGUGCUUGCCUUGAAACCUUUAACUCCUUUGAGCGUCUCUAUUAUGUGACCCUGUAUGGGGAAAAUGGCAGCAACUUGAAUCAUCUUUUUGGGGUGCAGGCUUGCUGCCUGGUGAACAGCCAUACAGAGGUCAGCCACACUGAGGCUCAGAAGCAGCCAAAAGUAGAAGAGUCAAGAACUGAAGAACUGGAAUUGCCACCAAGAGCACCUCCUUUUGCUUUAAUGUGCAAAGAUUUGUCCCCUGUGUGUCUGAAGCUGGGAGUGUUCCAUGAUGUGCAGGUCUCCCACCUCCAGGACCCAUCUGAGUUCUGGCUGCAGCUCCAUGAGCAUCGUCUCCUCUUCAGGCAGCUGAGGCAGAGCAUGUGGAAUUUUUAUUCCCAUGCCACAAAUCUGGAUGGUGGUGGGUGGGACCUGCAGCCUGGAUCCCUUUGUUGUGCCAGUGGGAAAGAGGGGGUCUUCUAUCGAGCGGUGAUCACCAGGGUACUGGAGAGUGGGGUAGAAAUACACCUGGUGGAUAGAGGCAAUACAGAAACUGUGGAUAAGUGUGCAGUUAAGGAGCUGCUCCCUCAAUUCAUGGAAUUACCUGCUUUAGCUCUUAAGUGUUCCUUGGCAGGUGUCUCUCCUCUGAGGGGGAGUUGGAGUGAAUUGUCUGUGUCUGCCUUCAGGGAGAUGGUACUGAACAAGGGCCUAAACAUUCGUUUUUUCAGUGCUCAGGGUGACAAAUACAUGGUUGAAAUUUUUGAUGAUUCCCAAUUAGGAGAGAAAAGUGUAAAUAAACUCAUGGCCCUGUUAGGGUAUGCUGAAUACCAGAGGUGUGAAAUACCUGAGACUCUUCAGAAAUCAUCUGAUACAGCUGUGAGCCAGGCCUCUCCCCUAGCAUGUGCUGGUGAGGAAAGCCAACUAAAUACAGUGAAGAGGCUCAGAGAAGAAUCAGGUCAAGAGAGAAAUGAUAGAGCACUUAAUCCCUCCUCAGUUGUGGUGGUCAGAGAGAGCCCUUUUGCAGCCAUCCACAAUUCUAAUAGUAAUGAAUCUCUUCCUGCCCAGAAGUGUGAGGGUAAGGAAAACCUGCCCAUCUCUUGGAGACAGAAUUAUGUGGCAGAGAAGCAAAGUUCCUUUUACGGAAGCCAAUUAGAAGUGGGAAGUACAGUUAAUGUUGUUGUGACAUAUGUUGAAAAUCCUAGUUAUUUUUGGUGUCAGCUAAGUAGAAAUUGUGAUGACCUUAAGGAAUUAAUGGCGAAAAUUCAGGAGUAUUGUAAAAAAUCAUCCCACCCGUGUUCUUGGCCAAAUUCUGUAUGUCUAGCACAGUACUCUGAGGAUGAAAAAUGGUACAGGGCUUUUAUUAUUAGUGAGGUUUCUUCUGCAGGAAAAGUAGAAGUCCUCUAUGUUGACUAUGGCAACAGGGAGCUGGUGUCUCUCGUAAACCUCCGCUCAGCUGAAGAGAGCUUUCUAAGGUUAGAGCCUCAGGCUUUCAGGUGCAGCCUUUACAACUUCAUCCAGCCAAAUGGGCAAGAUCCUUUUGCUUGGGAUGAAGAAGCAAUUCAGACCUUUCAGGAGUUUGUUGAUUCAUCAUCCCUCUUUGAACUAAAGUGCACAAUAUUUGCCUUGGCUUCGAUAAACAAUAACGAGCUCUUUAACAUUGUAGAUUUAAUGACCCCUUUCCAGAGUGCUUGCCAGUUUUUGACUGACAAAGGUGUGGCCAGACCUUUAUCUCCUCAAAAGCCUCUGGUCUCCUCAGUUCAGCUUCAUUCUUACUAUUAUUCCACCCAUGGUAUCAAAAUUGGGAAUGAGGAAGAUGUUUAUAUUACGCAUGUUGAGGAUCCAUGGACAUUUUACUGCCAACUGGAAAGAUGUGCGAAUGUCUUAGCACAGCUUAAUGAGAACAUUAAUCAUCUAUGUGAAAAAAUGACCAGCUUGGGUACCUUGCAUAAGUCUGGGAGCUUGUGUCUAGCCAAGUAUACUGACAAUCACUGGUACAGGGGGCUAAUUAAAAAAACAAAACCUCACACAGAAGUCUUCUUCGUGGAUUUUGGCAACACAGAGACUAUAGAGGAAGAUCAUCUCCUUCCUUUACCCAGUGAUGCAUAUGACAUCUUGCUUUUACCAAUGCAGGCUGUAAAGUGUUCCUUACCUGAUAUAUCUAAUGUUCCCAAAGAAGCUACAACAUGGUUCAAGCAAGCUGUCUUAGAAAGGCAAUUAAAAGCAAUAGUAGUAGCAAAGGAAUCUGAUGGUAAACUGUUGAUUGAAUUGUUUGAUGCUAAUACUCAAUUUAAUGCAAAACUGAAGGAGAAGUUAAACUUAAUGAACAAUGCAGAACUGUUUAGGCAUGUACAAACUGAAACUUUGGGCACUAGAAAUACAGAUGUGAAUGAAAGGAAUGAGACUGCAGAGUCUCCUUUAAAUGCAGGUAGGCCUCUUGAAAGAGAAGAAUGUAUAUCUGGAACCCAGGGAGGAGGCAGGAGUAGCAAAAGGCAUUUUAAAGAAGAUGUAAACCUUCUCCAGCCUCCUUCAGGAGAAGUGGCAGCUGCAUUGGUGGAAUUUGAUGAAAUACUUGGCAGUAAGAAGGAUGCUUUUUUGUUACACAAAGCAGAGGAGGAGUCUCUGCUCUCCAUCCAGCUGGGUACAGAGUCAGACAAUAAAUCUGAUGCAGAAGGUGGGUGUGUAAUGCUUAAAAAUCUAUCUGACCUACUGGAGCAGAAGAUAGUGCCUGGUCUUAAAUCCUUAGUUUAUGUGUCUCAUGUAAAUGAUCCACUGGAUUUUUAUGUUCAACUUGGAAGUGAUGAGGCUCAGCUGAACAGCAUUUCAGAAAUCUUAAAUGAUAAGGCACAAGCAAAGAACCCUUGUGGACAACUUUUCCAAGCAGGAGACUUAAUCAGUGCUGUUUAUUCAGAAGACAGCCUGUGGUACCGAGCUGUAGUAAAAGAGAAGAUUUCUGGCAGUUUGAUAAGUAUACAGUAUAUUGAUUAUGGUAAUACAUCAGUAAUUAAUGUUGAUCAAGCAUGCAGACUCCCUGAAGACUUGUCAUUUAUUCCAGCCAUAAGCAUUCACUGCUUCCUAAGAGGACUUAAAUGGAAAAAAAAUGCAGACUGGGCAGAGAAAGCAGUGCUUUAUUUCACCAAGAGAACAAGUGAAAUUCUGCUAACGUGUGAAUUUGUAGAGAAGGUUGAGGAUAAGUGGGAAGUUAUUCUCAGUGACCAUGAGGGGAUAAUAACAGUGGAUUUGGCUGAUGAAAAUCUUGGAAGACUUUGCUCAACAGAAAUACUCGAUAGAAUGGAGAACAGUGACGUGAUAACUGUGUGUGAGAUUUCACCUUCUCAGUCACAAAACAAAAUUUCCUGUGUAAGUGAUUGUAAAUUGUUUACCUGGAAGCUUCCAGAGGCAGGACAGAUUAUAAAAAUUUAUGUGACAGUGGUAGAUGGUCCAGAAUACUUUUGGAGUUGCAGUGCUAAUACAGAAGACAUGAACUACAUAGAGUCAAAAAUAGAGGAAGCUGAAAACCUUGGACUAAAUUCUUUGGAUGAUUGCAGGUCUUGUAUUAAAAGUGGUGAUUUCUGUCUAGCAAAAUACAGUCAAGAUGGAAAGUUCUACAGAGCUAAGGUCAUCAGUAUAAAAGGUGACAACGUAGUUGUUAGGCAUGUAGAUUAUGGAAGUGAGGAGGCUGUUAGCAUGGAGAUGGUCAGACAGAUUCCAUGUGAGUUGCUCAAAAUACCUUAUCAAGCAUUUCCUUGCUGUCUGUCAGGUUUCAAAUCCUCAGAGGGCUCGUGGCUUAGUGAAGCAAAAGACAAGUUUUAUGAUAUCACCAAAAGCCUCUUAUUAGAAGCUGAAGUAAUAGAAAUUUUGGAAGAUAAAGCUUCUGAAUUUGGUCUGUUUGUUCUUAAGUUGGAAUCUUCUGGCAAAAGCAUUAAUGAAGAGAUGAAGUCUUUUUGGAAAGCUAGCAAAGGGGCUGGUGGCAGCUCUUUCUCAGACCUUGAGAAUCCCUUAAGCAGAUAUUCAAAUAAUGAUGCAGGUCUGUGUCUCGAAAGAGAAACUACUGCUGUUGGUGGGUCAGCUGAAGAAGAAAGUGAAAGUGCUUUACUUGGUUCUGAACUUCUGGGUGUAACUUCUGAGUGUUUAAAUACUGCAAAAGCAGAUGUGUCAGUGGGAGCUGUUGAGGUUAUGUCUGGGGAGGCUGAGGAUGGAUGUGAAACAGCUGAGCUCCACAGCAGCUUUGAUAAAAAGGUCUCUGUAGCUGAGGGAGAGAGUGAUAACACUGAAUUACCAGAGCCCUUGAGAAGCUGCAGUCCUCAGAUUUUGAGGAGUGAAAUGAAAGCCACAGAACAAGAGUCGUCUGAAGUACUGUUUCAAGAGGAUUCUGAGCUGAAAGCAGAACUGCCAGGCAGGGCUUCAGCAGCCAGUCUUUUUCUAGGAAACAAACAACAAGAACUGCAAAGAUUGCCAGUGCUCCAGGUGCAGCCUUUGAAUGAUGAAACAGGGAAGUCAAUAGAACUGAGUCAAUUACAGAUGCAAUCUUCAUUUAAGGAGUUCAUUAUGGGGAUAGAGGCACUUUCGUUGCCAUCUUCCUUUAGUGAAGAAACAAAGGAAGCUCUGGAAACAGAGACCCUUGAAAUCCAAACAGUUUCCAGCAGCAAAGCAAGAGAAGUGUUGAAACAGGAAUCAUUUGAGCUGCCAGAUGUGAGUGGGGAGACAGGGGUGUUGGAAGCUCUGAAAUUUCUUAAAGUUUUACCAUCUCUUAAUGAGAGACAGAACUUGGUGCCUUCAGAUAGUGAUGGAGAGAAGGCUGCAGAGCUGAUUGAACCUGAUGUUCAGCUUUCUUUGGGAGAGAAGGCAAAGUCUCUGGAAUUGGAUUUGCCUGGAAUUCAUAAAGCAGAAGCUGUGCAGGAAGAUUGGAUGGAAGUAGAGCCUGCUUCCCUGUCUUCAUCUGGUGGUAGACCUGAGAAACAGGACCUGAAGCCCCAUGACAUGCUAUUAAUGCUUGGUAAUGAAAUUGAUCAGCUUCUGGAACGGCUGCUGCCUGAUACACAACCAUCCCAGGAAGAUGGGGAGGAGGAUUUCUUAGGAUUGGAACACCCUGCACUGCAAAGUUCUGCAAACAGUGGCAGUCGAUUUCCAUUUCUUACAGAGGACUUAACCAAUCAGAGGACUGUUUGCACUGUGAAAUCCUGUGACUGUAAAGUUGAGAAACAUCAGGAGUGGCAGAGGAAGAAAGAUUUUGGUUAUGUGGAAGAAUGGAUAAAACAAGACUUCACUAAGUCAUUUGAAGGAUGUGGAAGUGUGCAGUCUUCCGACUGUAAUCCUGGGGAUGAAGAAAUAGGAAAAAAGCAAAAUGAGAACUUGGCUGAGUGUGGUGCAGAACAUGAGUAUACUUGUCAUCUAAAGGGCUUUGCUGUUGGUUCCAAAUGUGUGGUGUGGAGCUCUCUAAAAUGGUGUGAGGCUCGCAUUUUGGAGAUAUCUGAAAAAGGUACCAGGGUCUUGAAUUUCUCUAGUGGCAGUGAGGAGCUUGUGGAUCCUGAGAAUGUCUGGAAUGGUAUUCCUGACUGGGCUGGCAGAUCAUCUGAGGCAAUAACCCCUGCAACAGAAAACUUACAGUCCUCACCAGACGAGCCCUUACUUCAAGGUAAGACUACAUUAAACCUCUCAAAGAGUGCUUGA